CACAAUCGAGAAAGAAAAAGAAAAAAAAAAGAAUUUCUUGGGUUGUUCGCGGCUAUAAAAAGCCUACCCCGACCACAGCUCUGUUCAUCUCUGUGAGUUUCGUUGAAGCCCAAAUUCCUAUUUUCAGACCAGAAAAGAAAUCAGAAAUGUCUUCCCUCUCCGAUCUUAUCAACCUCAAUAUCUCCGAAUUCACCGACAAGGUCAUUGCCGAGUACAUAUGGAUCGGUGGAUCUGGUACCGACGUCAGAAGCAAAGCAAGGACUGUUGCAGGGCCUGUUAGCGAUCCCUCGAAGCUGCCCAAGUGGAACUAUGACGGUUCCAGCACCGGCCAAGCCCCUGGAGAGGACAGUGAAGUUAUCUUAUACCCACAAGCAAUUUUCAGGGAUCCCUUCAGACGAGGAAACAACAUUCUUGUGAUGUGUGAUACCUACRCUCCGGGCGGAGAGCCGAUUCCGACAAACAAGAGGCACGCGGCGACGAAGAUCUUCAGCCAUCCAGAUGUAGUAGCCGAGGAGCCAUGGUAUGGAAUUGAGCAGGAGUAUACGCUGUUGCAGAGGGAUGUAAAAUGGCCUAUUGGAUGGCCGAUUGGCGGGUUUCCUGGGCCUCAGGGGCCAUAUUACUGCAGUGCGGGCGCUGACAAAACAUUCGGGCGCGACAUCGUUGAUGCGCAUUACAAGGCGUGUCUAUACGCCGGCGUCAACAUCAGCGGCAUCAACGGCGAAGUCAUGCCCGGUCAGUGGGAAUUUCAAGUUGGUCCUUCGGUGGGCAUAUCGGCGGCGGAUGAGCUGUGGAUCGCUCGGUACAUUUUGGAGAGGAUUACGGAAAUUGCGGGUGUGGUUCUUUCUCUUGACCCCAAACCAAUUCAGGGUGAUUGGAAUGGAGCUGGUGCCCAUACAAACUACAGUACCAAGUCCAUGAGAAAGGAAGGAGGCUACGAGGUGAUCAAGAAAGCCAUAGAAAAAUUGGGGCUGCGGCACAAAGAACACAUUGCCGCAUAUGGAGAAGGCAACGAGCGUCGUCUCACCGGUCGACACGAAACAGCCGAUAUCAACUCCUUCUUAUGGGGUGUUGCAAACCGAGGAGCUUCGAUUCGAGUAGGGCGAGACACGGAGAAAUCGGGCAAAGGAUACUUUGAGGACAGAAGGCCAGCUUCUAACAUGGAUCCAUACACAGUCACUUCCAUGAUUGCAGAAACUACCAUCCUUUGGAAGCCAUAAAUGCUGAAGCAGAACUCCCCAAAUCUUUAGGAUAUAUAUUUGCCCAAUAUCUUCAAUUCCCAUUGGGUUUCCAUAAUUUCCAGUUUUUUACUCGCAAGAAAUUGCUUUUUCUUCUUAUUCAGUUGCAAAGGGGGAACUUUGACUUGGUUAAGAGGUGUUCGGAAUUAAUAAUAAAGUUGGAACAGGAUGGGAUAUUUGUCUCUUUUC